AAAUUGCACAGAUGGAAACAGCGCACAAACACGGCUGAAAACGAGUUUGCAUGAGAUAUGGGUUUCCAUCUAACUAUCUGCUCAGCUCGUCGCACUAACGCAACAUUAGCUACAUAUAGCUAGAUAGAAGGCUAGCCCAGCUAGCUAACAAUUAUCCAUUUUAGCUAACUAUGUAUUUGCUUUCGGGUAGCUAAUCGAUUCAACCAGCUAUUGUAGCUAGCUAACCAAUGCAUCUCUGUUAGCUAGAUAAUUGUCAGCUAGCUUCCUACUUGAAGGGCCUACACUAAGCUUGCUAGUUACAGUGUAUUCAGACCCCUUGACUUUUCCCAUAUUUUGUUACGUUACAGCCUUAUUCUAAAAUUAAAUUGUUUUCCUUCAUCAAUCAACACAAAAAAAUUGAAAUUGAGGUCUGGUGCAUCCUGUCGAAAUUGAUCAUCCUUGAGAUGUUGCUACAGCUUGAUUGGAGUCCACCUGCGGUAAAUUGAUUUGGAAAGGAACACGCCUGUCUAUAUAAGGUCCCACCGUUGACAGUGCAUGUCAGGGCAAAAACCAAGCCGUGAGGUCGAAAAUUGCUGUGCAGCGACGCGCCACCUUAACUUGAUGGAGCUUGAGAGGAUCUGCAGAGAAGAAUGGGAGAAACUCCCCAAAUUCAGGUGUGCCAAGCUUGUAGCAUCACACCCAAGAAGACUUGAGGCUGUAAUCGCUGCUAAAUGUGCUUCAACUAAGUAAAGGGUCUGAAUACUUGUAAAUGUGAUAUUUCAGUUUAUUGUUGAUACAUUUGCUAAAAAUUCUAGACCUGUUUUUGCUUUGUCAAUAUGGUAAGAUUGAUGAAGGGGGGACAAUUUAAUCAAUUUUAGAAUGGUGCUGUAACGUAACAAAAUGUGGAAAAAGUCACUGACUACUUUCUGAAUGCACCUUCUGUUAGCCAACGUUAGCUACUGCUAAACCUGUGAUGCUUGCUUUAAAUCUGACCAAUAAUACAGAUUUUACCAGAAGAUUUCUAGUUGCUAACGUCUGCAUAUGGUUACCAGUAGAAUUGGCCAGUUUUGGACAUUACUCUGACUUAUUUUCAGAUGACCCUUCUGACAAGCCCCAAUGUCGAGGUUGCUCAUCUAACCUGGUGGAACCCUACAUAAAAUGUGCUGAGUGUGGACCCUCACCUUACCUUCUAUGUCUCCAGUGUUUUACCAGAGGGUUUGAGUUAAAGAAACAUGAGAGUGAUCACAAGUAUGAAAUAAUGACGUCAGACUUCCCUGUACUGGAACCUGGCUGGACAGCGCAGGAAGAGAUGGCUGUACUGGAAGCAGUUAUGGACUGUGGCUUUGGGAACUGGCAGGAUGUAGCGUAUCAGAUGCGCACCAAAAGCAAGGAGGAGUGUGAGGCCCACUACAUGAAGAACUUCAUCAACAACCCCUUGUUCUCCUCCACCCUGCUCAACCUCAGACAGAUAGAGGAGGCUCGUACUGCAGACACAGCCAUUCCCUUCAAACCCACUGACGAUCCCCCCAGGCCCACCUUUGACUCUCUGUUGUCUCGAGACAUGGCUGGAUACAUGCCUGCUAGAGCAGACUUCAUGGAGGAAUUUGACAACUAUGCUGAGUGGGAUCUGAAAGACAUUGAUUUUGUGGAUGAUGACUCAGACCUACUACAUGCGUUGAAGAUUGCUGUUGUUGACAUAUACCAUUCAAGGUUAAAGGAGAGAGGUAGAAGAAAGAAGAUCAUCAGGGACCAUGGACUGAUCAACCUGCGGAAGUUCCAGAUCCUGGAGCAUCGCUACCCUACGGAGGUACAGGAUCUGUAUGAUGCUAUGAGACGUUUCGCCAGGGUGGUGGGCCCUAUCGAACACGACAAGUUCAUAGAGAGUCAUGCAUUGGAGUUUGAGCUGAGGAGAGAGAUUGGCAGGCUGCAGGAGUACAUGAGAGCAGGCAUCCAGUCUUUCUGCAGUGCCAAGGUGUAUGAGCGUGUGAAGCAGGUGAGGGAGGAUGAGCGGAGGAAGAGGACCAUGCUAGUUGAUGUGCUGCAGUACAUUCAGGACGGACGGGCCUGCCAGCAGUGGCUCAGCAAACAGGCUGCCAUUGAUGCUGGUAUCACUCCUGUUGUCAUCACCACAUCAGCAACAGGCAGGAGAAGCGCCCCUCCUCUCAACCUGACCGGCCUGCCAGGGACCGAGAAGCUCAACGACAGGGAGAAAGAGCUGUGCCAGAUGGUGCGUCUGGUGCCAGGUGCCUACCUGGAGUACAAGCAGGCCCUGCUGAACGAGUGCAGGCGGCAGGGUGGUCUACGGCUGGCACAGGCCCGGGCACUCAUCAAGAUUGACGUCAACAAGACCCGCAAGAUAUACGACUUCCUGAUCAAGGAGGGCUACAUCAACAAGACCUAGGCCAGCCUGAGACCAAGGUUGUGUCAUAAAUGGAACCCGAUUCCCUAAAUAGUGCACUACUUUUGACCAGAGCCGGGUGCUAUUUGGGACGCAUCCAGAGUCAGAACUGUUCCAGCAGAGGUCAUGGCUGGACUGGACACUAACUGCUAUGUUUUAUUCUCAUGUUGUCUUGGUGAAACGAUGCUGUCAUGUGCUGUGAGAACUACGUUUCAAUGCCCUUCCUUUGAAAGAAAAACAAAGAAUUGUAUACUAUAUUUACAGAAGUAUUUGGACACCCCUUAAAAUUAGUUGAUUCUGCUAUUUCAGCCACACCCGUUACUGACAGGUGUUUUAAAAUCCAGCACACAGCCAUGCAAUCUCCAUAGACAAACUUUGGCAGUAGAAUGGCUUUACUGAAGAGCUCAGUGACUUAAGUCAGUUUGUCAAAUUUCUGCCCUGCUAGAGCUGUCCCAGUUAACUGUAAGUGCUGUUAUUGUGAAGUGGAAACGUCUAGGAGCAACAACGGCUCAGUCGCGAAGUGGUAGGCCACACAAGCUCACAAGACCGGGGAGUGCUGAAGGGAAUAGCGCUUAAGCAUAGUCUGUCCUCGGUUGCAACACUCACUACCAAGUUCCAAACUUCCUCUGGAAGCAACGUCAGGACAAUAAUUGUUCAUCGGGUGCUUAAUGAAAUGGGUUUCCAUGGCUGAGCAGCAGCACUCAAGUCUAAGAUCACCAUGCGCAAUGUCAAGCAUCGGCUGGAGUGGUGUAAAGCUCAACGCCAUUGGACUCUGGAGUGAUGAAUCACACUUUACCAUCUGGCAGACCGACGGACGAAUCUCCUGGCCGAUGCCAGGAGAACACUACCUGCCCGACUGCAUAGUACUAACUGUAAAGUUUGGAGGAGGAAUAAUGGGGUUGUUUAGGGCUGUUUUUCAUGGUUCAGUCUAGACCUGUUCCAGUGAAGGGAAAUCUUAAUGGUACAGCAUACAAUAACAUUCUAUAUGAUCCUGUACUUCCAACUUGGUGGUAACAGUUUGGGGAAGACCAUUUUCCGUAUUGACUGACCUUCAUGUUUUAAAGUAAUGAUGGACUGUUGUUUCUCUUUGCUUAUUUGAGCUGUUCUUGCCAUAAUAUGGACUUGGUCUUUUACCAAAUAAUCUAUCUUCUGCAUACUGAAUGGGUUAGGAAGGAAAGAAAUUCCAUAAAUUAACUUUUUAACAAGGCACACCUGUUAAUUGAAAUGUAUUCCAGCUGACUACCUGAUUAAGCUGGUUGAGAGAAUGCCAAGAGUGCAAAGCUGUCAUCAAAGCAAAGGGUGGCUACUUUGAAGAAUCUCAAAUAUAAAAUAUAUUUUGAUUUGUUUAACACUUUUAUUGUGUUAUUUCAUAGUUUUGAUGUCAUCACUAUUAUUCUACAAUGUAGAAAAUGGUACAAAUAAAGAAAAACCUGUGUCAACGUUUGACUGGUACUGUACCUUCCUAUUUGUACAGUACUUUAAUUGUCAGUGACACAGGAGCAGAUAAGAAAAUUGUGUAUUUAUUUCUCCUUGUAAUGAAAUGUUUUAUGUAAAAUGUAUAACAGUACAUGGUGUAUUUUACUUAUCAUCAAUGUGUAAUAGCAGUUACCUGAUACAUGAUAACCAACUUUCCAUCGUAGCAUCGGUGCUUUAUCUAAGCAGGUUCUGUUAGCAACACCUCUCCCAGUUUGAUAAUGGGCUCCAUCUCUGACUCGAUUCCUUCUCUGCCAGUGGAGUGAGUCUGGGGCUGUAUUUCUACAACUUUUCAGAGUAGGAGUGCUGACCUAGGAUCAGACCCCCCCCCACCCAUCCAUGUAAUCUUAGAAAUCUAAAAGGCAAAACUGAUCCUAAAUCAGCACUUUUAACUUGAAACUCUAUAUACAUACAGGCCCUGGUGUGACGUGAGAGAUGUGACUAAUGCUAACUACCACCUAGACCCAGCCAGCCAGCCAGCCCAGCGGCCUCUCCCUCUACUCUGAUGGCAUUAUCAGAGCAGUGUGGAGCAGCGGUGUCACGUCAGCCAGUGCUAAUAGUCUGAUUACAGCUCCAGAUCCCCCCUUUGAUGUUAAGGAGGAGGCUGCUUCCUGAAAUGGCCUUGGGCCGGGAAAUGUGCUCUGUCUACAGGGAUGAAGAACCCAGAAAGUCUGUUUUGCAGCCUAUUGUUAUUUCUCUUUUUUGCUAUGAUACUAGAAUAUUGUUUAUGAUUCUGAGGUUCAGCAAGAUCAGUGUCUGUUACAGUGGUCCCUAACUAGUAUCCUUUGCCCCAAUCGCAUAGUUUCUUAUAAUACCAGUCUGCUGCAGACUAUGCAGGACCUUGUUAAGACCAAUGCAGUUCAAGAUGGCUUGUGAGGUUGUAGGUGUAUUGGAGAGUUUGAAAAAGUUGUCAGCAUUGUUGGUAUAAGCUCUGCCUCCCAGGUACAAUGACUGGACUCUCAAUCAAUGUGGCUCAGUGGGGUCACGUGAACCCCUUAUCUACAUUGCAAAUGGGCCCUGGUCAAAAGUAGUGCACUAUAUAGGGAACAGGGUGCCAUUUGGGAUACACACACUCUGCUCCUCCUGGUGAGAAGAUGGAGGAGUGUGAAAUAGGAAAGAGAGACUGUCCCAAAAGGUACAUUAUUCCCUAUAAAGUGUACUACUUUUGACCAGAGCCCAUAGACCCUGGUCAAACGUAGUGCACUAUAAAGGUACUAGGGUGUUGUUUGGGACAUAGACAGAGUGCAGCUGUCAGCAGGUGUCAUGGAAGGACAUCGGGAUGAGGUUCUGUGGGCGAGAGAACGUUUAUCAGGCAGUAAGAAGCUCUGGGACAUUCAUUUUGACACCAGUGUCUCAUGGCCAGGUAAACAAGUUAAUUUGCUGGGUCGUCUUGGAAUAAGCGUGACAUGGCAAUGAUCAAUAAAAUAACGAAUCAGUAAGGUUAGUUGUUCAAAUUACAAGAGCUAAAUAACGAAUCAGUAAGGUUAGUUGUUCAAAUUACAAGAGCUGUUGAUAACAAGAGCUGUUGCUUGUUAUGGGGGGAGUGUCAAAUUAAGCAGGUUAGGUUUAGCUACAGUGUAAGUCCAAGCAGGCUUGGCUCAGCUACAGUGUAAAACCAAGCAUGCUGGGCUCAGCUGCACUGUAAAACCAAGCAGGCUGGGUUUAGCUACAGUGUACCGUUUCUCUCUUCACCCACACACUGUCUGUUCAGAUGCACUCACCAUAAAAUCAAAUUAAUUUAUAUAGCCCUUCGUACAUCAGCUGAUAUCUCAAAGUGCUGUACAGAAACCCAGCCUAAAACCCCAAACAGCAAGCAAUGCAGGUGUAGAAGCACGGUGGCUAGGAAAAACUCCCUAGAAAGGCCAAAACCUAGGAAGAAACCUAGAGAGGAACCAGGCUAUGUGGGGUGGCCAGUCCUCUUCUGGCUGGGCCGGGUGGAGAUUAUAACAGAACAUGGCCAAGAUGUUCAAAUGUUCAUAAAUGACCAGCAUGGUCGAAUAAUAAUAAGGCAGAACAGUUGAAACUGGAGCAGCAGCACGGCCAGGUGGACUGGGGACAGCAAGGAGUCAUCAUGUCAGGUAGUCCUGGGGCAUGGUCCUAGGGCUCAGGUCCUUCGAGAGAGAGAAAGAAAGAGAGAAGGAGAGAAUUAGAGAACGCACACUUAGAUUCACACAGGACACCGAAUAGGACUCCAGAUAUAACAAACUGACCCUAGCCCCCCGACACAUAAACUACUGCAGCAUAAAUACUGGAGGCUGAGACAGGAGGGGUCAGGAGACACUGUGGCCCCAUCCGAGGACACCCCCGGACAGGGCCAAACAGGAAGGAUAUAACCCCACCCACUUUGCCAAAGCACAGCCCCCACACCACUAGAGGGAUAUCUUCAACCACCAUCACUCCUUUCCCCCAUCCAUCCCUACAGGGGUGAAGUGAUACUGACUUCCUUUAGGGGAAACUCUGCCUCUGUUCAUCCAUUGAAGUUAAAGUGCAUGUGAUGGAAUAGCGCCACUCUACAUUACGCAUAAAACACAGAACGCAAGUGGAACGUGUUAAGAUUUUAAGAGCUCUCUUUUUGUCACACACUCCUGUUGUUUUUCAUUUUUGCUGACAACAGCUAGUCAUUUUUUUAUUAACUUUUAUUUCACCUUUAUUUAACCAGGUAGGCUGGUUGAGAACCAGUUCUCAUUUACAACUGUGACCUGGCCAAGAUAAAACAAAGCAGUGUGACAAACAACAACACAGAGUUACACAUGGAAUAAACAAACAUACAGUCAAUAAUUGUUACGUGAAUUAUGUUAUCAAUGUUCAUAAACUGAACUUCAAUUAAACCCAGAAUUUGUAAGAUUAUGGUUGAAUGAAACAGAGUCCCAGCUACAAUAGCCAAAAUGUUUAUUCACGAGGAGUAGAGUGUUGGAUGCUAUUUUGUAAAUGACAUCGCCGAAGUCAAGGAUCGGUAGGAUGGUCAGUUAAUAUAUGAGAUGCAUUGGAUGGCAUCAGUACCCUUUUUCUAGUACUCUCUACUCUGUGCCAAAUCUGAAGCAUUUCUAAUGCACAGCUACCAGAUCAAUCAGUUAAAUUAUGUAGGCCUAUGUUCAGUCAUCGAGGAGGUAUGAUCAAUCGAUAACCUACAUUACAUCUGACAAACAUGUAUUUGGAUGAAUAGUACUCACAGCUCUGUUGUGUACGCAUACACAGUAAGGACAAGACACUGUAUGAUAAGAUAAAUGACCCUUCAGGGAACAUGAACAGGAAAUAAUGUUAAUUUGCUGCUUAUUUGAGAAGGCAUUGUUAAGUGCCUGCCAAGUCCCCCCUCACAUGAUCUCGUUCUGUGCCGUUCUCAGUGUUGAAGUGAGGAUACAUUUUACAGAGCCCUAAGUACAGUAUUGUGUAAACUCCGAAGAGACCUUGGUUAGAAACACAGCUCUCCUAAAGAAAUGGACAUCUUGAUUUUAAAGCAUCCCUUGUCUUCCUCAGUAUUGAUUUUGAACUGCAGUAUUAUUUUGUGAAAAUGGAAGAGAGAUGUUUCCUUCCAGUUGGUUGAAUAAACAAGCAGUCUUGGCUUUUUUUUC